UUCUUUCUUUCUCUUAAUUUUUAAAAGUAGAUGGAUGAAUCCCCCACAAUUCGCCUCUAAUCCUAAUUCCAAUUUCUAAAAGUUCAUAACAUCUGAUUAACAUCCUCCGAGUCUGUUAGUUUCUCUCUGCGUAACCGAUCCCUCUCACUUUCUCUUCCCUUUCUCUCCCUUCUCUCGAUACUAUAUACUGAGAUUCAAACGCAUAUACUCUCUCUUUCAAAAAAAUCGAGUAAAAGAGAUGAAUAUAAUGGAGGUGUCGAUCAUACACCACAUCACGUUGGUUCUUGCCCUGUUGUGGAUCUCCAUUUCGAUCGGAUGGUCCCACCCCGUCCUUUUCUUCGUCGCCCUGUUGUAUCUCUACUUGGUAAAUGAGCGCUGCACACUGCGAUUACAAAGGCGAUUACAGUUCGAGGAAAGAAAAUGUGCCAAUCAAAGAAGGCUUCUCUCUGAUACGGAAUCUGUUCGAUGGUUGAAUCAUGCGGUCGAGAAGAUCUGGCCUAUAUGCCUUGAAAAGAUUGCGUCUCAGCAGUUCCUUCUGCCCAUCAUACCAUGGUUCUUGGACAAGUUCAAGCCUUGGACAGCUCGAAAAGCAGCUAUUCAGAAUCUUUACUUGGGUAGAAAUCCACCUUUGUUUACAGAUAUAAGAGUCCUUGCUCAACAAGCAGAUGAUGACCAUUUGGUUCUAGAAUUGGGGUUGAAUUUUAUGUCAGCAGAAGACAUGAGUGCAAUACUCGCAGUGCAACUGCGGAAAAGAUUAGGAUUUGGCAUUACAGCAAACAUGCAUGUAACUGGUAUGCAUGUUGAAGGAAAGGUACUUGUAGGUGUGAAGUUUCUCCGGGAAUGGCCGUUUAUCGGACGUGUCAGAGUAUGCUUUGUUGAGCCUCCAUAUUUCCAGAUGACAGUGAAGCCCAUAUUUGGUCAUGGGCUUGAUGUAACUGAACUUCCUGGAAUCUCAGGAUGGCUUGAUAAACUGUUGGAUGUCGCAUUUGGGCAGACAUUGGUUGAGCCCAACAUGCUUGUUGUUGAUGUGGAAAAAUUUGCUUCAGCACCCACAGGGGACUGGUUCACUGUCAAUGAGAAACCUCCUAUCGCUUAUGUACAACUGGAGAUUAUAGAAGGAGCUAACAUGAAACCAUCAGAUUUAAAUGGACUCGCUGAUCCAUAUGUGAAAGCCCACCUUGGUCCUUACAGAUUCCAGACGAAAAUCCAGCGAAAAACAUUAACUCCAAAGUGGCUGGAGGAAUUUAAAAUUCCUAUCAGCUCAUGGGAAGCACAAAAUUUGCUUGUUCUCCAAGUUCGUGAUAAAGACCCUCUAUUCGAUGACUCGCUCGGCAACUGUUGUGUGGACAUCAACGACUUAAGGGGAGGACAAAGACAUGACAAGUGGUUGCCAUUGAAUAAUAUUAAAAUGGGAAGGCUUCACUUAGCAAUAACUGUCAUCGAAGAUGAACCAGAAAAGGUGAAGAAAGAUCUUAAUGGUGAGGAAGAAGAAGCAGCCAAGCCCGCUGAAAGCACAACGCCCAAAUCGAGCUCUACUGCCGAAACCCGCAACAGCAAUGAAUACCUGGGUGAUGGCGAUCAGAAGAUGGCAGACGAGUUUGAACCCAUUGACAUUGAGGGACAAGAAAAGACAGGAGUGUGGGUGCACCGGCCCGGCAGUGAUAUCUCCCAAACAUGGGAACCUCGCAAAGGACGGGCCCGCUAUCUGGAGUCCCAACUUCUUAGAGAGACAAAUGAGGGGUUCAAAGAAAACCCUAGUUCACCUGCAUCACGAUCUCAUCUUAGCGAUACUAGUAACGAGGAGAGUUUGGAUGGUGGUAAAUCUCAUCGGCAUGCGAAACUAAAGAGAGGCCUUGGAAAACUAAGUUCAGUGUUUCACAGAAGUCCAAAAAAGGGAAGUGAAAGAGAGAGUGCUGACGUGCCGCUUCCAACUCCACCACCGAAUAUAAGGCCGCUUGGAGAGAAGCGGAUAUCAGUGAAGCUCAUAGUGGAUGAAGAUAUUGGAGGGAAAAAUGAAGGGUCUAAACUGGAGAAUGAAAACGAGCGCUUUAGUCCUGAAAAAGAUGAGGGAGAAAGCCCGGGCAGACGUCAUUUGAAGGACAAAGCAAAGAACAUGGUUAAGCAGGCGGGAAAAUCUGCUCAGAGCAUAAAAGGUGUAUUUAAUAGAAAAAGCUCCGGCAAGAAGAAAGAACAAUCAUUGGAGACUGACGAGAGGGAUGAGGCUGAUGGAUCUAACUUGUCGAACGGCACGUUAAAGGUUGAUCCUCUUGCAGUAGGGGAUUCUUCCAUAGAUAACCCAGUCCAGUCCCCCCGUGAGCUGCGCUAAAUAGUCAGUCACAUCCAGAAAUAUGGAUGCUGAGGAAUCCGAAAGUCUUGGUAAAGAUACAGGUUAGCGCAACUAGUCUUGUUUUUAAAAGAUAUAUUCAUAUGUGCAAGUAAGAACAACCAGAGAAGAAUCAGAGAUGGAUGUUAGGUAAAGAAGAGUUGAACAGUUGUUUUUCGGUGGCCUACAGUUACAAUGUGGUGUUUAAGGUGUAUGGUUUUUUCUUUCUUGCUAGGUGUUGCGUAUAAAAUUUAAGUACCUGUAAAUAGAUUUUGGUGUUUAGCUACUACUUGCGCUCACGUAGUUAGUUUUUCACCCAAAUUUUGAUUAGUCAGAUAAAAUUGUUAAAACAUUUUUUUUUUCCUCGAUCCAAAGUUUUAAACCUGGUGGAUAAUAGUAGCACUUAAUAGCAACACUAGCCUGAGUACCUGCGCUUUGCAAUAACUUGUAUAAUUGCAGAAUAAUUAUUUUUCUGA